AUGUCGAUAACCUACUUGCCAUUGGUCGUCGCCUCAGUAGGCGUGGCAUCUCACCUUUUCUUCUUCAGAGUUGGCGAACGCUGGAAAUACCCUACACGCUAUCUUCAAGCGUUCCUUCUUGGGUGCGUUGUCACGACUGUUGCUAGAUCACAUUAUGGCAAUAUACCCACUAUAGAUGCCAUUACAUUUACCGCCAAAUACGCCGCAGUUUAUCUGGCUGGCCUCUACACCAGCCUGGUCGUUUACCGUCUCUUCUUCAAUCCGCUGAACAAGAUACCUGGUCCUUACUGGGCACGGCUGUCAAGAUUCGAUUUAGUCUUCCGCGUCGCAGGGAAGAGGAAUCUGCAUCACCACCUGCUCGCCAUGCACAAGAAGUAUGGCAAAUUCGUGCGGCUCGACCCCCAUGGUAUCUCUGUCACGCACCCUGAUGGUGUGGAAGUCACAUGUGGCGUUAAGUCCAAAUGCACCAAAGGUGAAUGGUAUGAGGCGGAUUUCCCACGAAUUUCCAUGCAUACGAGCCGCAAUCGAGCGCAGCAUGAUCGACGCAGAAGAAUCUGGAGUCCUGCAUUCAGUGACAAGGCACUUCGUGGCUACGAGAAUCGGGUGCAGAAGUAUAAUGACUUGUUUCUCCAGAAGGUGGAGGAGUCCAAAGGCGAACCGAUGAAUAUGUCGAAGUGGUUCAAUCUAUACUCCUUUGACGUGAUGGGCGAUCUUGCCUUCGCUGCGUCAUACGGGUGUCUCGAAGCGGGAGAGAUGCACUGGGCCAUCAAGUUGCUCAGUGAUGGCAUGGACCUGCUCGGCUUCUGGCUGCCAUGCUGGAUCUUCCGUAUUCUGCUCGCCAUCCCCGGUGCAGCUGCAGACCACUGGCGGUUUAUUAAUUACUGCUCUGAACAGCUUGAUAAGCGGAUGGAGAUGCAAGGCAAGCUAGAGAAUCGGGACAUUUCGCACACAUUGAUCGAGCAUUACAAUCAAUCAGACCCAGCGACGCAGAAGGCUGAGCUACCCAUGUUACAGGCCGACAGCCGACUUAUUAUCGUUGCUGGUUCGGAUACGACGGCGGCUACGCUUGUGCAUCUGUUUUACUACAUCGCCACAGAAAAGGGUCUCAUUGAGCGGUUGAGAGAAGAGCUCGAUAGUUUGGUGAAGCCAGACGAGAAGAUUGACUCGCAGAAAAUCCAGGACGCACCGCUGUUGAACGGAGCGAUCAAUGAGGCGCUGAGACUACACCCUGCUGUGCCGAGUGGAGUGUUCAGAGAAACGCCAGAGGAAGGAGUGGAAAUUGGAGGCGUGUAUAUCCCGGGCCACACGGUCGUGCAGAUGCCGCAGUAUGUGAUGGCGAGAGACCCGGACCUCUAUCCUUCGCCCCUGGAAUUCAUCCCUGAGCGCCACUUCUCCCGCCCCGACCUCAUCCGCCACAAAGACGCAUUCGGCCCCUUUUCCUCCGGCCCGUACAACUGCAUCGGCAAGAACCUGGCCUACAUGGAGAUCCGUCUUCUUACAACAAACAUCAUCCGCAAGUUCGACGUCAGACUGGCGGAGGGAGAAACUGGAGAGGGCCUCCUGAUGGGGACAAAGGACCAUUUCACGCUCGGGCUCGGACCCUUACGACUCUGCUUCGAGCCAAGGAAGGUGUAG